AAAAUUCUCGAGGCUUUUAAAACCAGUAAAGACGUGAACACAGUCUUCCUAUCAAAGGUUGGUGAUAACUCUAUAGAUAUCCCUGAAGCUAAUGUGAUUAUCCAGAUUUCGUCACAUGCUGGUUCUAGACGUCAAGAGGCUCAACGUUUGGGUCGUAUCCUUAGAGCUAAGGGUAAACUUGAAGAUAGAAUGGCCGGUGGAAAAGAAGAGUAUAAUGCAUUCUUUUACUCACUUGUGUCGACAGAUACACAGGAAAUGUAUUAUUCAACGAAAAGACAGCAGUUCUUGAUCGACCAAGGUUAUAGCUUCAAGGUAAUAACAAGCCUCCCACCUCCUGACGCAGGUUCAAGCUUGAGCUACCACAGUCAAGAAGAACAGUUGUCUCUUCUCGGAAAGGUGUUGAAUGCUGGAGACGAUUUGAUUGGUCUAGAGCAACUCGAAGAAGACACAGACGGAAUGGCUCUUCAAAAGGCGAGACGAACCAUGGGGUCGAUGAGUGCAAUGUCCGGUUCAAAGGGAAUGGUGUACAUGGAAUAUAACUCAGGCCGUCACAAAUCUGGUCAACAAAUCAAGAAACCUAGAGACCCAACCAAACGACACACUAUCUUCAAAAAACGUUACGCGUGAGAAAAGAGAAGCUCUUCGAGAGUAUAUAUUCUGCUCAUUUUUUUCGGCGAUAUGUUUCGAUUUGUAUUGGGCUCAACUUGAGAAUACGAAAGCCCAUAUAAAAGAGGCUUAUUGAAGUCCAUAUUUGACCCGUUAGUUGUAGUAGCCUUAAUAAUAUAUGGAGUCCAAGUUUUGCAUCACCUGCUUAACAUUUUCUCCUCCUUCACAUAAAACCUGUAAACCGACUCCGCCAUACCCGAACCCGACACCGAAUCAAAAUCAAAAUCCGCCGGAGACGCAGCUCCCAUCGCCAAAUAGCUUUCACGGCGCCGGUUGUCUUCUGAGAAAUCACGAAUUGAUAACUUCAUUUGGCAAAUACAAGACAUAAUCUCUAAAAUCGGAGCCAAAAAAAAGAAGAAGAAGAAGAAGAAGAAGAUCAAUAUGGGAAAUGGUGAAAGAGGAAGACCGAACAAGAAGAUGAAGUAUGGUGGGAAGGAUGAUCAAAAGAUGAAGAACAUCCAAAACGCUGAAGAUUACUAUGACGAAGCUGAUGAAGAUUCUCGUGAUGGUGAAGGAGAGGAGAAGAAGAGGGAUUUUACUAAACUGGAGUUGAAGCCAGAUCAUGGGAACAGGCCUUUGUGGGCUUGUGCUGAUGGAAGAAUUUUCUUGGAGACGUUUUCUCCUCUGUAUAAACAAGCUUAUGAUUUUCUUAUCGCCAUUGCUGAACCUGUUUGCAGGCCAGAGUCAAUGCACGAGUAUAAUUUAACUCCACACUCGUUGUAUGCUGCUGUUUCCGUUGGUCUUGAGACGGAAACUAUCAUUUCUGUUUUGAAUAAGCUGUCUAAGACUAAGCUACCCAAGGAGAUGAUUGAUUUCAUCCAUGCUUCUACUGCUAAUUAUGGUAAAGUGAAGCUGGUUUUGAAGAAGAACCGUUAUUUUAUUGAAUCCCCAUUCCCUGAGGUGUUGAAAAGGCUUCUCAGCGAUGAUACUAUAAACCGAGCUAGAUUUUCUUCUGAGCCAUAUUAUGGCGGUGAUGGAUUCACGAUCGGCAAAACAAGUGGUGAACUUGAAGCAGGACCUGGGGAGCUGUUGAAUGAAGCAGAAUUAGCAGCAGCAGCAGAAGAGAAAGAAACUCACUCAUUUGAGAUAGACCCUUCACAGGUGGAGAAUGUGAAGCAGCGUUGCUUACCAAAUGCCUUGAAUUACCCUAUGUUAGAGGAAUAUGACUUCAGGAACGACAAUGUUAAUCCUGAUCUUGACAUGGAGCUUAAGCCCCAUGCACAACCGAGGCCAUACCAGGAAAAAAGUUUGAGCAAAAUGUUUGGAAACGGACGAGCAAGAUCUGGGAUUAUUGUGUUGCCUUGUGGUGCUGGUAAAUCUCUAGUUGGAGUUUCGGCAGCGGCUCGUAUAAAGAAGAGUUGUCUUUGUUUGGCAACGAAUGCUGUCUCAGUGGAUCAAUGGGCAUUCCAGUUCAAGUUGUGGUCUACUAUAAGAGAUGACCAAAUAUGCCGUUUCACUUCUGAUAGUAAAGAACGAUUCCGUGGAAAUGCUGGUGUUGUUGUGACAACCUAUAAUAUGGUUGCCUUUGGUGGUAAACGAUCUGAGGAAUCAGAGAAGAUUAUAGAAGAAAUGAGAAACAGAGAGUGGGGGUUGCUGCUCAUGGACGAGGUGCAUGUGGUUCCGGCCCAUAUGUUUAGGAAAGUUAUCAGCAUCACAAAAUCUCACUGCAAGCUAGGACUUACAGCUACCCUUGUGAGAGAAGACGAAAGGAUUACAGAUUUGAACUUUCUCAUUGGCCCAAAACUUUAUGAAGCCAAUUGGCUAGAUUUAGUUAAAGGAGGAUUUAUUGCUAAUGUUCAGUGUGCUGAAGUAUGGUGUCCUAUGACCAAAGAGUUUUUUGCAGAAUAUCUAAAGAAAGAGAACUCCAAGAAAAAACAGGCACUUUAUGUCAUGAACCCUAACAAGUUCAGAGCCUGUGAGUUUCUGAUUCGUUUCCAUGAACAACAACGUGGGGAUAAGAUCAUCGUCUUUGCAGACAAUCUUUUUGCGCUUACAGAGUAUGCAAUGAAACUCCGGAAACCCAUGAUUUAUGGUGCAACUAGCCAUAUCGAACGAACCAAAAUUCUCGAGGCGUUUAAAACUAGUAAAGAUGUGAACACUGUCUUCCUGUCAAAGGUUGGUGAUAACUCUAUAGAUAUCCCUGAAGCUAAUGUGAUCAUCCAGAUUUCUUCACAUGCUGGUUCUAGACGUCAAGAGGCACAGCGUUUGGGUCGUAUUCUUAGGGCUAAGGGUAAACUAGAAGAUAGAAUGGCCGGUGGAAAAGAAGAGUACAAUGCAUUCUUUUACUCACUUGUUUCGACAGAUACACAGGAAAUGUAUUAUUCAACGAAAAGGCAGCAGUUCUUGAUCGACCAAGGUUAUAGCUUCAAGGUAAUAACAAGCCUCCCACCUCCUGACGCUGGUUCAAGCUUGAGCUACCACAGUCAAGAAGAACAGUUGUCUCUUCUCGGAAAGGUUCUGAAUGCUGGAGACGAUUUGAUUGGUCUAGAGCAACUCGAAGAAGACACAGACGGAAUGGCUCUUCAGAAGGCGAGACGAACCAUGGGAUCGAUGAGUGCAAUGUCCGGUGCAAAGGGAAUGGUCUACAUGGAAUACAACUCCCGUAACAAAUCGGGUCAACAAUUCAAGAAACCUAAAGACCCAACCAAACGACACAAUCUCUUCAAAAAACGUUUCGUGUGAGUGAGACAAGAGCUUUUGGAGAGUUUGUUCUGCUCAUUUACGGCUGUUUGUUGUGUGAUUUGUAACUGUUUGUUUGUGCUCUGCAGGAGCUUUACUUUGUAAGUUAAUGGAUUUCUUACUUAAGAAUGAUUAUAACUUACGGUUUCUUAAAUCUACUAUACAGUCAUCGAUC